AUGAACAGGGCCUGGGAGGCUAACAUCAAGGUUUUCCUCCUUGGAGUCCCUUGGUUCUUAAGCCCCAAGAAGCACUCUACAGCACAGAAGACUCGCAAAGAGCUAGUCGAUGCAUUCUUGAAGUAUCUUAACGACGACGGCCUGGAUACUGCUUGCUCGUUCAUUAAGGAACUUUCCGGGCUGGGUAUCCGACGAGGUUUGAGUAAUGAGAAUAAUGCUCGUGCUCUCCUUGGCACCAUCCUUACGAUUGUUGGAAACACCAUCCCCACGACAUUCUGGCUGUUGAUAUCGAUCUUCUCCAGGCCAGAUCUGUUGAAGGAGAUUCGGUCCGAACUGGAAGCCACCCUUGAAGAUUCUUCUUCUGGGACAAUAUCUCUCGACUACACCACCAUUCGUGAGAAGUGCCCAGUCUUCAUGUCAACAUAUGAUGAAGUCCUCAGAUUGACCAGUGGCAUCGCAACUGUGCGGUAUACCAACGAAGACACUCUCAUCCAGGACCGUUGGCUCUUGAAGAAAGGAGCUCAAGUUCAGAUGCCAACAGCUUUCAUCCACGCCGAUCCAACAACCUGGGGUACAGACGCGGAUGUCUUUGACCACACAAGAUUCUUAAAGUCCAAGGUCCUUACCAAGGAGCAAAAGACCCGAAGGACUGCCGCGUUCAGGCCGUUUGGUGGUGGCAAUAGCCUCUGCCCUGGUCGUCAUUUUGCGUCCUACGAGGUCCUGACCUUUGCGGGAAGCGUUCUGCUAGGUUUUGAUAUGGCUCCAACGACGAAGACCUUCGAUGUUCCUCGGAUGGACAGGUCGAAGCUUCCUUUGACGUCUCUUAAGCCCGCUGGUGAUAUCAAGGUGGAUCUGUUGAGGAGGACUGGUUGGGGAGAUGCUCGUUUUAGAUAG